GUCAUCUCUACCUCGUCUAGGAGCCUUGCGCCGGGACCGGAACGCUUAACAUCUCCUCCGCUUUCCUGCCGUAAGACAGUAGAAGUGACAACGUCCGUUUCCGGUUGGCUCCGGCUGGAAGGUUGAAUCCGGAGAGACAUGGCCCCAGGACAUGGACAUGGUCAUGAUCAUGACAAAUUGCACCUCCCAGAUUACAGACAGUGGAAGAUUGAAGGGACACCAUUAGAACUGGUUCAGAAGAAGCUUGCUGCGAAAGGGCUGAGGGAUCCGUGGGCUCGCAAUGAGGCUUGGAGAUACAUGGGCGGCUUUGCACACGAUAUCACCUUCAUGAGCGUAGUACUAAAAGGAUUCAAAUGGGGAUUUGCUGCAUUUGUGGUAGCUGUAGGGGCUGAAUAUUUCCUGACUUCCCAGGAUGAUCAUAAGAAGCAUCACUGAAGAGAGCACCUGGAAUUAUCUUGUGACUUCUCUUUCAUAAAAAUAAGAUUUCCUCACUGUAGUAUCCUUGGCUGUGUGUUUGUCCUUGAAAGAAUAUUAGUAUGGUUUAACAAAGUGAGGAAAACUUUAUUUUUCAACUCUUAAAUAAAAUUAAAAAGAAAAA